AUGCUUUCAAGUAGCCUAGAAACCUUGGAGUUCCGAUCAAAUCCAGGCCUAAUCGGCCCUGUGCUAUUGAUUCUCGGCAACCUCAAUCGGCUGAAGUCUCUAAUCCUACUCAAAAAUGGAUUAGCAGGGGAGUUACCAACAAAGAUAGGAAACUUGGUUAAACUUAAGCAGUUGGUACUUUCAUCAAACUGGCAAAUUCCUGAAGCCCUGGGAAUGAAGCGAGAGCUCUUGAUACUCGACGCAAGCAGAAAUUCGCUCACUGGGUCCCUACCUUUGAGCUUGGGAGGGUUGGUUUCGCUUCUGAAGCUCGAUUUGAGCAGCAAUCAGAUUGGAAGAAAGCUUCCCUAA